GCAGAGGCUGCAGUGAAAUUGUUGAUUGUUGAUUUCUUUAUUGUAUCUUUUGGUACUUCGUAGUAAGCUCAGUUGUUUUCUAAUUAAACUUGUUUUAGAUAUGGACAGUUAUAAAAUAAUUUAAUCAAAUGAAAAACUAGUUUUUUAUUCUCUGAUAGAAUAGUUAAUGUAUGUGGACUUGUUUCUAUUACGUGAGAAUAAGGACUACUAAUUUAAUAUUAGUGCUGCUGUUUAGCUUUCAUAACAAUCUGUUGUAAUAGUUUAAAGGUUUGAUUGAGAAAAUAACUGUAAUAUUCCAGUGAUAUAUCAGGCAGAUAUAAGUUGCUGAUGUUAAGUUUUUAUGAUUCUUUUCAUUAAUACUUGUAAUUCAUGAGUAAUACUUUUCAGUGAUAUUAAAUAAUGCUCUGAGGGAGCCAAGGCCUGCUCAGUCUUCUAUAAGAAUGCUUCCUGUUCAAGUCAUAUCUACAGGAGUGGACGCGUGCAAAAUCUUGCAGGCUGACUUGCUUCACUCCGUGAAACUCUGUCAGAUUCGCUUCGGAGGCAGGACUGAGUUAGCAACAGAACUAGACCCCCACGUGGUAGAUGUCUGCAACAGGAUUGAAGCAGUGUUGAGUCAUGGUUUAAGAACGAAGGCAUUACCAAAAAAGAAUCAUUCCACUAUCAAGCAAGUGACGGAGUUGGUAUUGGGUGGUAACGGGCAGGAACCUGCAGUGGUGUUUUGGCAUUUUGUUCGUGACUUCUUGACCAAACACGAGCGGGACCGAUAUGAACAGUUGAAGCAGAUCUAUACAGACAGUGGAAGAGGGAGAGCGUGGCUGCGAUCGGCACUUAAUGAAAAGUCGCUCGAACGCUACAUGCUGUGUCUGAUCGAUGCUGCACCAGAGCAUAUCUCCGUGUACUACGAGGACUGGGCGUUCCUGCGAGACCAGGAGCUCAGCAAUGUGUUGCCGCAGGCUGCGGCCGGUCUGGCAUCUAUACUCUUCGCGAUCAAUAUCUGCCGGGCAGAGCUCAACCAAGAUGGUGGCAGUGGAAUUCCACCAGAGCCUGUGAUACCAGCUCCUAUCUCAAUACCAGGAGACAAAAGUAAAAGUCGGAGAAGGAGGGUGGCUGGGAACAUCAUCUCUUUUGAUGAAGAUGACAUCGCGGGACGGUUGGAAGAGUUCAGUGGCAAUGUUGGCAGGUCUUCCUCUUCAACUCAAAACACCUCCCCAACAGAGAGCGUGGUGGUGAUAGGAGUGGAGUGUGUAGAGCCUAUGGUGGACGACAACGGAGGACAAAGCGACAUUGACAUCAGCGGAGAAUGUGACAUCAGUUCCGACCCUGACAAUAAAAAAGGCUUAAGGCCAAUUAGUAAUUGCAGUAUUGGAGAAUUAAUUCCAGUUCCUUUAACCGAAGAAACGCAAACUUCUGAAGAUUCCUUAUCAGUUCCUAGUUUCUCUGAGGAUGCAGAUGCAGGAAGUGUGGAGGCUGUAGAAGCAUGUUCUGGACCUUCUGGGAUCGAAGUGGCGUUGGACUCCAAGGUGGCACGGCUACAGAAGGACAUGGAAGCGCUGAAGGAGACGAACCAGGCACUGAAGGCUCAACUGAAACUGACAAGUCGGCAGCAUCAGCAGGACCUGCAGACUUUAGAAGUCCGGAAACAGGCUCUUGACAGAGAGAAUGAGCUAUUAAAGCAUCAACUUCGGAAAUAUGUGGGUGCGGUGCAGAUGUUGAAACAGCAAGAGGGACACAAUGAAGAGGCAGACCUUUACGAGAAGAAGUUGGUUCAGGUGGCAGAGAUGCACGGUGAACUGAUGGAACUCAAUGACCGACUGCAGCGCAGCCUCCAGAACAAGGACGCCACCAUCAAGCGUCUUCGGGCAGAGCUGGAGAGCUUGCGAGGACCUCUGCUGGAGUCUGAUGACGAAGACCUGUGCAGUCCUGCGCUGAUCAGUCUCUGGAUACCCUCGGUGUUCCUGGCCGGCAACAACAGCUCUCAACACCAUGUCUACCAGAUACACCUGAGAAUAUGCGAUGAGGAGUGGAACGUCUACCGUCGAUACGCUCAGUUCUAUUUGCUUCACAAGACUCUAAAGAAACAGUAUCCGGUCAUCGGAACGUUCUUUUUCCCACCAAAGAAGACUCUGGGAAAUAAGGAUGCAAAGUUCGUGGAGGAGAGAAGACAGAGGCUGCAACAAUACUUGCGGCGUGUCAUGAACCAUCUGACAAGCUCCCACUCGUUACUCACCACUGCCCCGAGUAAACCGCUGCUCAUUUCAUUGAUGCCAUUCUUCGGCGAGCAGCAACCUGUAGAAGACAAGCGCAAGACGAGUCCGUUCUCGCGGGAAGGCCCCCCCGACAGCCCUCAGUACACGGGCCUCUAACUGUGAUAGACCAUUAAAUAAGUUUAGUGUAUGAGAACAGUGCUAUUGUUAUUUUUUUGUAAGUACUAUAUUAUGACUAUAAUAAUAAUGUGUGAUGUGAUAUUAUGUACUAAUCGUUCGAGUGAGAGCUGAUCUGUAAGUAUUUACACUGAUGUCGUCAGUGUAGCUGGCCUAUGCUAUUCUUACUUGUAAGUAUCCGCUUUCAAGAUCAAACACUGGUUGCUAAGUAAGUUGCUCAUACUUACUAAGUUUUGAGUUUGUCGGUGAAGUUAGUACGCAGAUCUUAAUUGUACCAAACUAAUGUUUUAUAUAUAUUCAGUUAAUUAAGUUUGAGAAGUUAUAUAUUUUAAUAGUUGUAUAGUCAAUAUAAGAGAGUAUAUUAAGUUUGCGUUGCAAUAGUUUAUUUGCUUUUUUGGAACAAAGCAUUACUCUUAAUACAACAGAUAUUUAACUUUUA